CCAGAGUGGGACCGUAAGCGGCCGCAGCCGAGCUUGGAUGGGUUGUGUUUGGGCCAGUAAGUGGACAAUCGACUACUCCGUCACCGAGGUCCUUCCUUCUAGCCGUGUCAAUGGACGAUACGAUGAAAAAGAUGGUGGAGAACUACUUCGAGAUGGAAUGCUUUGGUGUAAAGCUCGCGCUACUGGUAGCAGCCAGCGACGACGCGCGUGCCCAAAGGAUCCUCGAAGACACCACGGUGAAAGUGGGGCGUCGCUACCAGACGGGAUUACUCUGGAAGGACGACCACACUGUGCUGCCACGGAGCUACGAGAUGGCACAUAGACGGCUGAUCAAGGUCGAGAAGAAGUUGAAGCGCAACGGGCAGUUGGCGCUGGAAUACGAUCGGAUCAUCAAGGAUUACGUAUCCAAAGGAUAUGCAAGGAAGCGGUGAAAACCGACAAGCUAUUGUUUUUGCCACAUUUUGGUGUCGAAAUCCCGAACAAGCACGGUGUUGUUGGUUGAUGUGGAUGGAUGCAGAAUGGACAACUACCUGAAAAAUUUUUUAGAUUUCAAUACUUUUAACAAAGGGUCACAGACUAAAUAGUUCGCUUUUCAGUCGUCUUUUCUUAACGCUCGCAUAUCUCACCGUAAUAAAAAUGUCAAUACAUAUGUUAUUGGGUAAAGAUGGACCAACUCAAUUAACUGAAGGAGGAAAGGGAUACAAGGAGUGAAACGUUGCAAUAAUUGUUUUCUGAAAACUUGUUUCUAAGACAUUUCUAUUCAUAUUUCAAAGUGGAAAAUUCAAACGUAAAAAUCUUUU